UCCCUGUAUCUGUCACUUGAGCCCUUGGAUGCGUCUCUGUCCUGACAGCCUGGUCGACUCGCCUACACUGACAGUUGUGUUGCACUCCCCCAUCUGGCAUAGACAAGACGCAGCGCGCCUCAGAGAAAGAAACUGACGUGUUUUGCGCAUUUCCUGCACCAGUGUUUAGACUGUUGGAGGAGAAAAGGGAGGUGUGCAGGAAACCAAAAACAGCAACGGCGAGAAAACAGCCUGGGAGUUUAAGGAGCAAACUGAAACCAAGUACAGCAACGGCAAGAAAACCGUCUGGGAGUAUAAGGAACGAACAGAAACCAAGAAAACCACAACAGAGUCGACCUGCAACUAUACACUGCUUGAGCAAUUCACAAGUCGGGUAGCCGGUUUGGGAAACAUCCCAAAUGCUCGGCGAGGAGGCAGCAGUCUCUUCCAACGGUGGAAUACGAGUGUUUCCAAAGCCUAGUGGAGUUGCCGAGGAUAGUUUUGAUAGAUUUUGCUCUGUCGUGUUGCGGUUUGGGUAGGCUGUUGACAUUCCAACUGCUGCAUAGUCGUAUUUUUCCUUCUUAUAAGCUUCUCAAGACGUGUAUUUAUUCUAUUCAAAAGAAAGGCUGUGUCUGGUUGAACGCCAAAUGUGGAUUAUCAUUGGGAAAACCAAGACUGUUAGAGAGCAAAAACGAGACAAUUUACUCUCACUAGACUGUUUCGGGAGGACUGAUUUGCAUCCGAUUGGUAGUCUAUGUGUGUACUAGAGUGAGACGGGACAGCAUUUCCCCGUUACAUUUAAGUCUCAACCCAUUCAAACCGUGGUCUUCAUUUGAGGAUUCAAACAACACAUAAAACUAGGACACAUGAUUUAUGACCAAUUGAAGUGUUUGGGUUAAAGGAAUUUAUUGUAAACAACCAAUCUUCUUCCAAGUCCUAUUGAGGAGGAUUACAUCACCGCCAUGGUGGUUUUCAAUGGGUUAUUGAAGAUCAGGAUUUGUGAGGCGUUGGACUUGAAACCGACAGCUUGGUCUCUCAGACAUGCGGUUGGCCCAAAGACCCAGACUUUUCUCUUAGACACAUACAUUGCACUAAACGUGGAUGACUCGCGUGUGGGCCAAACUUCCACCAAACAGAAAACCAACAGCCCUGCGUGGAACGAUGAGUUCGUUACGGAGGUGCAUAACGGAAGGAAAAUCGAACUGUCGGUGUUUCACGACGCGCCAAUUGGAUAUGACGAUUUCGUAGCCAACUGCAUCAUACAGUUCGAAGAUAUAUUGCAGAAUGGCAGUAAGCACUACGAGGAAUGGAUUGACUUGGAGCCUGAGGGGAAGGUGUACGUCAUCAUGGACCUGUCUGGAUCCUCUAGUGAAGCUCCAGGCUCCGGUGAGAAUGCUGAGGAGCGUGUGUUUCGGGAGCGCAUGCGGCCUAGGAAGAGGCAGGGUGCCGUACGAAGGAGGGUCCAUCAAGUCAACGGACACAAGUUCAUGGCCACCUACCUGCGGCAGCCUACCUACUGCUCCCACUGCAGAGACUUUAUAUGGGGUGUGAUUGGAAAACAGGGUUACCAGUGUCAAGUGUGCACGUGUGUAGUCCAUAAGCGCUGCCACGAGCUCAUCAUAACAAAAUGUGCUGGGAUGAAGAAAGACAAAGAGGACACCACACCAGAGGAGGUUGGAUCCCAGCGGUUCAGCGUUAAUAUGCCUCAUAAGUUUGGUAUUCACAACUUCAAAGUCCUAACCUUCUGUGACCACUGUGGAUCGCUACUGUGGGGCCUGCUCAGACAAGGGCUGCAAUGCAAAGUCUGUAAGGUGAAUGUACACAGACGCUGUGAAAGUAACGUGGCUCCUAACUGUGGGGUGGACGCGAGGGGCAUCGCCAAGGUUCUGUCAGACCUGGGGGUCACACCAGACAAGAUCUCCAGCAGUGCCCAGAGGAGGAAAAAGAUAACCCAAGAACCCCAGCAGCCGUUACCAUGUACCCCCCAGGCAGAGGAGGACCGAUCCAAAUCAGCCCCCACCUCCCCAUGUGACCAAGACCUGAAAGAGUUGGAGAACAUACGCAAGGCGCUGUCGUUUGACCAACGUGGACAGGAACACAAGUCGGCCUCAUCCUCUUCUUCCAAGGUGGCGGUGGGCUCAGAGGGGGGCGAGGCCCGGGAGAAUGGAGAGCUCAAGACAGUCCAGACCAAGAGGAUGACGCUGCAGAACUUCCUCUUCAUCAAGGUCCUGGGCAAAGGCAGCUUCGGAAAGGUGAUGCUGGCUGAGCUGAAAGGGACAGAUGAGGUGUAUGCUGUGAAGGUGUUGAAGAAAGACGUGAUCCUGCAGGAUGAUGAUGUGGACUGUACCCUGACAGAGAAACGCAUAUUGGCCCUGGCUAGGAAACACCCCUACCUGACCCAGCUCUUCUGUUGCUUCCAGACUAAGGACCGUCUGUUCUUUGUGAUGGAGUAUGUAAAUGGAGGAGACCUGAUGUUUCAGAUCCAGCGCUCCAGGAAGUUUGACGAGACGCGCUCUCGCUUCUAUGCCGCCGAAGUCACCUCUGCCCUCAUGUUUCUUCACCAACAUGGAGUAAUCUACAGAGAUCUGAAACUGGAUAACAUUCUGCUGGAUGCACAAGGCCACUGUAAACUGGCUGACUUUGGCAUGUGUAAGGAGGGGAUCCUCAAUGGAGUCACCACCACCACCUUCUGUGGGACCCCAGACUACAUCGCUCCGGAGAUCCUACAGGAGCUAGAAUAUGGCCCCUCUGUGGACUGGUGGGCUCUGGGGGUGCUUAUGUACGAGAUGAUGGCUGGCCAGCCCCCCUUUGAGGCAGACAAUGAGGAUGACCUGUUUGAGUCCAUUCUCCACGAUGAUGUCCUCUACCCAGUGUGGCUAAGCAAGGAGGCAGUCUCCAUCCUCAAAGCGUUCAUGACGAAGAGUCCAAACAAGCGUCUGGGCUGUGUGAUCACCCAGGGCUUGGAGGAGGCCAUCAAGGUGCAUCCCUUCUUCAAGGAUAUGGACUGGGUUCUGCUGGAGCAGAAGAGGGUCAAACCACCCUUCAAACCUCGCAUUAAAACCAAAAGGGACGUGAACAACUUUGACCAGGACUUCACUCGCGAGGAGCCUGUCCUCACCCCUGUAGAAGACGCCAUUAUUAAGCAGAUCAACCAAGACGAGUUCAAGGGUUUCUCCUACUUUGGAGGGGAGGAGACUCUGUCCUCACCCCUGUAGAAGACGCCAUUAUUAAGCAGAUCAACCAAGAUGAGUUCAAGGGUUUCUCCUACUUUGGAGGGGAGGAGAAUCUGUCCUAAGGCCUGCACACACACCAACACACACACACACACCAACACACACACACACACACACACAAACAAACACGUAUAGACACACAUACAUGCAGGAACACUGACAUACACACAAAUUUAAGAACACACAUACAAACAUACAUACAUACAUACAUGCAAACCCAUGUAUUUUCUCCCAUACAGAAUUAUAAAAUACACACAGAGUAAAUUAUUACUUUCACACACUCAUAUAAAACUCCGGCCAUUAGGGCCUCAGAUUAGUACCAACUUCAAAACCUAAACCAGAGCAUCUACAGCGCUCUACCAGUAUCUGUCUGUAUGUCUGUCUGUCCAUCCGUGCAUGCUUUCUAAGUUACAAACCAAUGUAAUUCAAGAGUAGGUCAGAUAGGAAGCCCAUCUGCUUUAUUAUCAAGGUCCUAUUGGCUGGUCCAGAUCAGAGUGGUGGAUCAAACCACACUCUUUGUGGUGGAGGGUGGCCCUAGGAUUGGCCCCCUGACACUGAAUAUAGCCUGGCCCUUGCCCCACUGGACCGGGCUGAUAACAGUGAUGAAAGCUCCUCACAGUCCUGCCACAGAUUGUCACAAGGCCCUUUCCAGUGGACUAUGAAAUGUACAGGGAAUGUUUAUGUGACGGUGUCAACUUUUUGUCUAUAUAAGGAUUUAAAGGUCAGGGGUUAUGUGUGCUUUGGGCAGGGGUCUUGUUCGACAUGGUCUCCUUACAAUAGGUCAGACUUUCAACUGUUUCGUCAACCAUCCUAGUUCCUCAGUGAGUAUAUGAUACUGAAAUAAUUAUGUUAUUAAAUUAAUCUGUAAUUUCUUAAACUGUCCUGUACAUUUCUCAUUGUACUAGAAUGUCCUCCUUCUCUGCCAUGUUUAAACUGGAUGUACUAGAAUGACCUCCUUCUCUGCCAUGUUUAAACUGGAUGUACUAGAAUGUCCUCCACCUCUGCCAUGUUUAAACUGGAUGUACUAGAAUGUCCUCCUCCUCUGCCAUGUUUAAACUGGAUGCACUAGAAUGUCCUCCUCUGCCAUGUUUAAAUGCAAAAAAAAAAACGAAUCCAUAGAACCAAUGAUUGUAUUUAAAAAAGCUAAAACCAAUUGGUUCACAGUGUCAAUAAAAAAGAGAAGCCUGUUUCAAAGUUUCCUCAAGAUCAAAACGACGGCAGAAUUAGAACAAGUCCAUGUACAGUACAUCAAAUGCCCAUUGUGUGUAGCUGCAGAUCAGUUACAUGUUGUAGAUAUGCCCACAGUGUUAUGGUAGUCUAGCUUCAUGUAUUCCAAAUGAAUGUCAUGGGUUUCAAUGUGGACAAAUGUGCUUGUAUGCAUGAGUGAUGGUGGGGAUGCAACUGAAUGUAUCGGGUCUGUUUGUGUGUAUGUGUGUGCGUGUGCGUGUGUGUGUGUCAGUAAGUAUACUGCACGUACGCUAGUUUGUGUGAGUCUGUUUGUGCGUGUGCAUGAGAAGGGCCCUCUUGAAGAUUUAACAUUUCAUUGUGUCUGUUUUAUUUUCUUGUGUUUUAUUUCAUUGUGUGUUUUAUUUUAUUGUGUGUUUUAUUUUAUUGUGUGUUUUAUUUCAUUGUGUUUUAUUUUAUUGUGUGUUUUAUUUCAUUGUGUGUUUUAUUUUAUUGUGUGUUUUAUUUUGUCGUGAUUUUACUGGAUUGUCUUGUUGCUCAGUGUCUGAAAUCCUGGAUUUCCCUGCUAUGCAACAAGACUCACAAUCAUGUGAGGGAAGGCAUCACCAGAUAGCCAUGUCUUUCCCUCUGUACAGACCACCUUGCAUAUAGAAGCCUGUGGACUUCUUGGAGAAAUAGAGGUAUCAUCUAUUGCAUGGUUAUGCAUAUGAUGUUAUUGUGUAUUACUAGAAUAUGAAAAAGUGACAAUGUCCAUGUGCAAUAUUCUAUGUCUGUCUGUCUGUUUUUGGUUUCCUUUGCUUUCUUGCCAGGUGUCUUCGCUGUUCAUCCUCCCACUGACUCUUUGCUGUUGUUCUGUAUGGUUUUGACAGUGUAUGCAUGGCUGUUUUCAUUUGCCUGUCGUUAACCCCAUUGAUAGCCAUGUCUAUGUGCUUCCUUCAGAGUGUUCCAUCAAACCACCUCACCACCCCUCUCCCUGCCCUCUCUCAACUCUUUUGAAGAAAGGUUGACAUUUCCUAUAGCAUAUCUCUUUAAAAAUGUAAACAUUUUCUAUAGCAUACUUCUUUAAAAAGGUCAACAUUUCCUGUAGCAUAUCUCUUUUAAAAAAGGUCAACAUUUCCUAUAGCAUAUCUCUUUAAAAAGUCAACAUUUCCUGUAGCAUCUCUUUAAAAAAGGUCAACAUUUCCUACAGCAUCUCUUUUUAAAUAAGGUCAACAUUUCCUAUAGCAUAUCUCUUUAAAAAGUAAACAUUUCAUGUAGCAUAUCUCUUUAAAAAGUCAACAUUUCCUACAGCAUCUCUUUUUAAAUAAGGUCAACAUUUCCUAUAGCAUAUCUCUUUAAAAAGUAAACAUUUCAUGUAGCAUAUCUCUUUAAAAAGUCAACAUUUCCUGUAGCAUAUCUCUUUAAAAAAGGUCAACAUUUCCUACAGCAUCUCUUUUUAAAUAAGGUCAACAUUUCCUGUAGCAUAUCUCUUUAAAAAAAAGGUCAACAUUUCCUGUAGCAUAUCUCUUUUAAAAAAGGUCCACAUUUCCUGUAGCAUAUCUCUUUAGAACAUUAAUAUUACCAAAGGUAGUAAAUCUAUUGGAUUCAUUAAGCUUAUAGAAACCAUCGACCUUCUUAUUGCAUUCAAGCCAAAUAACUCUCUGGCCAAGAUACAAGAUAUAUAAGAUACAAGAUAUAUAAGAUGUAUGUGAUAUUGUAAGCCUACACCAAAUCAAGGUAAAGUCAAAUCUACUGUCAUAUUCUGUCAGUAGAACACAAAAAGAACAAUGUUGGUUUGUUAUGAUAUUGCAAGUUGUACAUUCCAUUUUAGAGUAGAAACUUGAAAGUAACUUUCAAAUGUUGGAUUCAUAACAGUAGGACUAUUUGCAAUUGAAGAGGUAGUGUAGUAGUGAUAGUAUGACUACUGUAGAAGUAGCAGUAGCAGUUGUUAUUGUAGUAGUAGUAGUAGUAGUUAUUGUAGUAUUAUUAGUAGCAUGUAUAACAGUGCUAGUGCUAGUAGUAGCUACUCUGCUAUGGGGAGCAGGAGUAACUGUAGCAACAGUGGUUGUAGCAGCGUUAAUAGGUGACGGUAUCAUGGAAUCAACUGUCAAAGCAAUACUGAUGCCCCUGCUCCACACACACCACUGCAUGAAGGCCGCUCAUACACCCAAAGCAAUACUGAUGCCCCUGCUCCACACACACCACUGCAUGAAGGCCGCUCAUACACCCAAAGCAAUACUGAUGCCCCUGCUCCACACACACCACUGCAUGAAGGCCGCUCAUACACCCAAAGCAAUACUGAUGCCCCUGCUCCACACACACCACUGCAUGAAGGCAGCUCAUACACCCAAAGCAAUACUGAUGCCCCUGCCCCACACACACCACUGCAUGAAGGCCGCUCAUACACCCAAAGCAAUACUGAUGCCCCUGCCCCACACACACCACUGCAUGAAGGCCGCUCAUACACCCAAAGCAAUACUGAUGCCCCUGCCCCACACACACCACUGCAUGAAGGCCGCUCAUACACCCAAAGCAAUACUGAUGCCCCUGCCCCACACACACCACUGCAUGAAGGCCGCUCAUACACCCAAAGCAACCACACCUUUGACACAGCUGCACCUAUGUCAAUUAAUCACAUGACCCCCAACAUGAGAACAGUGUUAAAGAGAGGACAUUUGUGUUUUGUUUUGUAAGAUGGCAGACGCACGUCCUACUCCGACCCAUACGGACGGUGUCCCUAGAGGUCCAAAAUGCUCCAAGCCAAAUCCUUAACUCCAACUUUCUAUGGUCCUUUUAUUGUGUACUUUUUAAACUGUUUGUAAAGGAAGAAAAAAAACUCAUAGGAAACUAAUUUGUCUGUUGUAAGGCCAGUGAAGCAGAUGAAUGAGUACAAUGUACAUUGUUGAAGAAGUACAUCUGGCGAAAUAUUAUGUGUUUGUUACAUACAGUAGAAUAAAAGACACAGCGGUGGGCCACAUGCAUCAUAUUACUGUAUGUACCUCUGUACAUGUAGGGUUUCCUAAUGGAGACUACUUCUGUAAUAAAAGCAUGCUCAUUUAAGAAUAUCUAUUGGAAUGUCUUUUUAAUCCAGGACGACACUGAUUCUGGGUCUGGGAAUCUGGACAAUAGUAUUGGAUUUCUGGUUUCUGUAUUGUGAAGCUUUCUAUGUACAGUUUGUCACCUGGCUGUUUUAUUUUGAAGUCCUUUGGCAUUCAUUACUGUAUGUAAUUGUAAGCAUUUUGGCUGUGUGCCAAAAGGAUGUGAAUGUGUACUGUUGGUUUUUGGAACUUAUUAAAUAUAAUGAUGUCAAAUUAAAGAGUGGAUUUGCUUGUUUUAGGGCUAAUUUUUGUUCAGUGAUAAUACAAAUGUAUGCAAAAGAGACCCAGGUCUCUGCUAAAAUAAAGGUCAAAAAGCUC